UGCUGGCUGCCCCAUGUCAGUUCAAGGAGGCAGACUAAAAACAUUGCUUUGAAAGGAAGUUUUCCGUGUGUCUUAUCUUUGGCAUGGAAUGAUGCUGGCGUUGCUUUCAGAUGAGACCGUAACUUGGAAAGCAGAUCCAUUGGGACAGCAGUGAGCUUGGGAGCCAUGGGACCUCCCGGGACCACUCAAGAUGGGACAAGAGGACGGCGACCAUCGACACCCUAUCAACCAAAAUCCAUCAUGGUUGUCCAUUCAACACUGUCAGGGGAGAAAACACAGUGUGAGAGCUGUUUGAUAAAUACAGACAAAGACAGAUCACUUCCUCUUCCAGACAUCAUGCCAGGAACUUUUCCUGAGCUUGCAACAGCCAAGCGGCGCCACAAAAGUACAACAGACAUCCCAUAUCGGGGUAACGUGUGCCUGCUUCCACCGUCACCUCUUGGUUUCACCGAAACAGAACAAAAUUUCUUGCGCCGAUGCUCAUUAAGAGAGACCAAAAGUGUUUCACGCUCCCCUCGUCACGCCCUCAGCGUCCCCAACAUGGGCACCAACAGUCCCCUCAGGGUUUUCCACAGCAGCCCCCUCCACAGCGCCCCACUCUCGCCAGCACAAAGCAACAUAUCUAGCGCCACCAGGGAGAUGGAGAGGCUCGCCAAGGCUCAGAGUAAACUCCUGGAAAGCGAGAGUAACCAAACACCGACUCUUCCCCCAGAAACCAGAGAGCAACUUCGUUACGUCUCCAAGGAUGGAAAGUGCCGUGUCAAUUUGUGUCACAUCUCUGAAAGGGGGCGCUUCAUGUCUGAUAUCUUUACCUCUUUUGUGGACCUCCAGUAUCGCUGGUUCCUGUUUGUUUUUAUGAUGUGCUAUAUCACCACCUGGUUCUUGUUUGCCGGGCUUUACUUCUUUAACGCUGCCUUUCGAGGUGAUCUUGAACAGGAGCAUCAUCUCGACACCCCUGCGAACCACUUUGUAGAUCAGACGCCCUGCUACUUAGGCGUAGACGGCUUCAUCUCAGCUCUGCUCUUCUCAGUGGAGACACAACGCACUAUUGGCUAUGGUUCACGAACUGUUUCUCCAACCUGCCACGAGGGUGUGCUGCUGGUCAUGAUUCAGUGUAUUGUUGGGUCCAUGAUAGACGCCCUCAUGGUGGGUUGCAUGUUUGCUAAAAUAUCCCGACCUAAGAAGCGAGCAGAGACCCUCCUUUUUAGUCGCACUUGCGUCAUUGCAAACCGGGACGACCAGCUGUGCUUGAUGUUCCGUCUGGGAGACCUGAGAGAAAGUCACAUGGUGGACGCAAAGGUUCGUGCAAAGUUAAUCAAGUCCCGCCAAACAGCUGAGGGUGAGUUUUUGCCUCUUGAACAGACUGAAAUCGAUCUUGGUUAUGAAACUGGGUCAGACAGACUUUUUUUGGUGGAACCUCAAGUCAUUCAGCAUAAUAUCGACUCAAACAGUCCGCUGUGGGAGCUGGGCCCUGAUCAGCUUAGACGCCAGCAGUUUGAGAUAAUCGUCAUCUUGGAGGGAAUUGUCGAGGCAACAGGUGAGUAA